AUGGUGAUUUCUCUCAACCCACUGAGCCUUGCCGAGGAGAUCGAGAAGAUGGGCGAUCCUCGUACGCGGGAGUAUGGCCUGGUCGUGAAACCGCUGUUCGUGUUUCCUCUCAUCAUCUCCUACCUGUACUUUGUCAAAGUCAUCGGUCCACGCUGGAUGAAGGACAGGGAACCAUUCCAGAUUGUAAACCUGAUCCGCCUCUACAACCUUGUUAUGGUGGUCCUCAACGCCAGGUUCCUCUACAUUGUCCUCGUCAACACCUACCUUCCCUCAGGUCGCUACAACCUCUUUUGUCAAGGUAUCACGGGGUACAUGGACGAACAACUAACCUACUACUACAAGUCCGGAUGGUGGUACGUCGCCGUACGCUACGCCGACUUCCUGGACACCGUCUUCUUCGUUCUGCGCAAGAAGUUCACGCACAUCACGCAUCUCCACGUCAUUCAUCACACUGUGGUGGCGGUGAAUGCUUGGUUCUGGGUUACGUUCGCACCGGAGGGACAGCCGGCCUUAGGACUUGCCAUCAACGCGUUUGUGCACGUCGUCAUGUACGCGUACUAUUUCCUCGCUACUUUGGGUCCCAGCGUGAGAAGGUACCUUUGGUGGAAGAAGUACCUUACCACAAUGCAGAUUGUGCAGUUCGUAAUAUUCAUGGUACACAUGUCCAUUCCACUGGUUGUAGACUGCGGAUUCCCUAGGUACUUGAUUCACAUUGCAAAUGCGCAGACACUUCUUAUAUUGUGCCUCUUUGUAAACUUCUACAUUAAAUCAUACUGGAUGCGAAGGGGUGCAUCGUCUACAAAAGGCAGGCCUGUCAGUGAUCAAGCGUUCAAGAGCGAACUUGUGCAUAACGGCAAGCACGAGUAGGAAGUUGAGCAAGGAAAACAAUGUUAGUCACCAUUUAU